AUGUCUAAGCGAUCGAGAUUGGCUUGCGAGAGAUGCAAACGGUCGAAACGCAAGUGUGACGGUGUUCCUGACCUCAAACAGUGCACUGUUUGCCAAAAAGCUGGGGUCGAAUGCUCCAUCUUGUUCCAGAAAGACGAGUCCGCACGCUACAUUGCCAGUCUGGAGGCCAAAAUCAGACACCUGGAGGCAACAGCCGCUAGUGCGAGCCCUAAACCCGCAAAAAAUGAGCCAAGAAAGUAUGUGUCAUUGAUGGGACCCAAUUUAGCAUUUCUGUUGCAUAGAUCACUGGAUGGAUCCCCAUUGAACGCGCACAGCAACAAGUUUUUCCCCGAAACGACCGAGCCUCUGCCACCGGCUGAAGGGGCCUACGAUUUUGGCUACCUGAUUGAGAACGGAACUCUUGGCAGUGAAAUGAUCGAUUCAUGUCUGCGAUUGUUAUAUCCUCGAUUUCCUAUUAUUCAUUUUAAACAUGCUCAUCAGCUACAUGAAGACCGGGUUCGUGUGCUUGGUCCUCCACAGACCAGAGAGGACUUGGUCAACAAGUUUAUUUUGCUGAUGCUCUAUGCCGUUGGGUUGAGGGUCAGACAGAUAGUAAAGACAGGGGUCAGCGAUGAAAGCCUGGCUCACAACCCGGACGAGGUUUAUGCGGCCGCAAUCGAAGAUCUAGAGACAAUCACCCAAGUGGUGGACAUCGACUCAGUCAGAUGUUUGAUCCUAGUCGCAUUCUACAUGCUGAGAUCCGCAUAUGGUCAACAGAUAUGGCAUCUUUGCGGUCUGAUCAUGCGGUAUUGCAUUGAUCUCAACAUGCACCGUCGCGAGGCCGGCCCAAUUACUAUAGACCAGCUACCGGACUCGAUGAUGCGAAGACGGGUUUUCUGGAGCGCGUACGUUUUGGAGCGCAGUGUCUGUAUGCACUUCAACCGUCCCCUGUGUCUGUCAGACUACGAUAUCAACGCAGAGUUGCCAUAUAAUAUUGACGAUUCAGUUAUGGAAGCUGAAGAGCUUAAUGAAAUUAUCAACGUCCACCCUGAGAGAAUGGGGCCCAAUGUGAUCACAGACAUGAGCAUUGGAAUUUGCAUGAUGAAGCUCCGCAGAAUCGACUCGUUUAUUCAACAUAGCAUCUAUCGUGUCGAUAAAGAGCUUGAUAUGCCUACCCUUCUGAAUGAUAUCACUUUGAUGUACAAUCGGGUGCAAAAGUGGAAAGAAGACCUUCCUCCGUUCAAAGAAGAACAUAAUCGCAUUUUUAUGACACUGCUUUACCACAAAACCAUGAGAAUCAUGCUUGUGCCUCUGAUUUCCAAGGAAGUUGACGUUUCUUCUUCGCCACAGGCCCAAUUCUACAUUGACCAGUGUGUCAAGUCGUGCGGAUCAAUUUGUCUGAUUGCCAAACAGAUGAUUCAGUAUGAAUGGUACUGUCACAGUUUUAUUGCUCUUCACAGCUUAUAUGUGAGUGCCAUGACGUUAAUUUAUUGUGUUCUCACUGAGAAACUGGAGUGGUCGAUAGAGGUGUCCACUUGUUUGCAGUCAUGUUCAACAGCACUUUUCGUGAUCGGAGAACGCAUGCCGUUCACCAAGACGUAUUUGAGAGACGCUUACGAACAGGUGCUCAACAGAACUAUGGAACAGAUGGCAAAGAAAGAGUCUGCUUCCAAAACGAGACAUUUCCGUAUUGGAGGAGUCAACGUGUUGGACAAGCCAGACAAGUCUCCCGAGAUCGAAAUAUAUCCAACUCAGAAAUACGUGGACAUGCCUCUGGAGGAGGCGCUCGAGGUGCCUAUUUCCGAUGAUUUUGAGGACCUUUGGCAGAUCAUCAGCGACCAAAAGCCUUUGAACUUUGACGACAAGUCCAUUUCGCAGUUCAACUUCGGACUCGACUAUAAUUUCCAGUACUGA